AUGGCUUCGUCGGAAGACGAGGCGGAUACUCUGCCGGAGUCUGUGUCAACCUAUCAUUUUGUAGAUGAUAAAGAUGAGCCAAUUUCAUUCUCUAAGUUACCAAUUCGAUGGAGUGAAAGCAAAAGUGUUGAUGAUGGGAAGAAAAAUUACAAGAUUUUCUUGAAAGGGAGUGUGGACAAUGGGCUCCGCACCAUAUACAAGCAAGUCAUUGCGUGGAAGUUUGAUUUGUCCAAUACAGCGCCGCAGAUAUCGGUCCUUACUAAGGAGAAAUGUUGGAUGGAACUCGAAAAACCAAGGAAGAGCUAUGCGAUAAUUAUUAGGACGGUACUGGUUACUGUGCAUUGCCUUCAUUUUGCAAGGGUGAACCCAGAAGUAUCCGGGAAAUCUGUGUGGGAGUACUUGUCAAAAACUUUCAGCUUGUAUGAGCGCAGACCUUCUCUGAACGAUUUGGUGGAACACAUGAAUUUAAUUGCUGAAGCUGUUAAAAGAGAAAACUCCUUAGCAAAAUGCAAGUUCUUACUCAAUGUUCUUGGGGAGAAGUCAAGGGAAAAAAUGCUGUCUGAUGAGGAUGUUCAAGCUGCAGCGAUGUCUGCAUUCAUAGUUGAUGAUGUAGAAGAUGAUAACUUUGAAGAUUUUGAAGAAGAUGAAUCCAACGAUGAAGACAAACUGUUUGAUUCUGUUUGUGCAUUCUGUGAUAAUGGCGGCAAUCUUUUAUGUCGUAUUACCUAUGGUUUAGAAUGUUGUGAAGGGAGUUGCUUGAGGUCGUUUCAUGCAACUGUAGAGGCUGGUGAAGAAUCUGUUUGCGAGUCUCUUGGCUUUACUAAUAGGGAAGUUGAAGCAAUGAAGAGUUUUUUCUGUAAGAAUUGCAAAUAUAAGCAGCAUCAAUGCUUUGCUUGUGGAAAGUUAGGUUCCUCUGAUAAAUUUUCUGGUGCUGAGGGCUGCCAUUUCAUGCAGCCCUUUUGUUGGGUUGCUGGGAGAGGGGAAAGCGGGCCAAAGAUUUUAAUUGAUGUUCUUAGCUUGUUCUCUUUGCUGGUUGGCUUAACUGCUGCAGCUCUCCGUUUUUUGGUGUGUCAUCCACUGCAUCUUUACUGUCCAGGUCAAAACCUUCCUUCCAAGUUCUUAAGUGCUUUUUUCUUAAUCAAACUGUUGCAUGCCCUUGUAUAUUCUAGAGUGUUGAAAUUGGAUUUUGUGGUUAUGGUUUCUGUCAAUAUCUUGGGAUGUCAGUACCAUGUUGUCUUUCGAUGCGCUAAUGCAACCUGUGGCUAUUUUUAUCACCCACAUUGUGUUUCGACAUUGAUCCAUCGAGAGGAUGAAGUUGCUGCUGAGGAACUUCAGAAAAGAUUGCUGCUGGGGAGAGUUUUGCAUGCCCCAUUCAUAAGUGCUGCAUUUGUAAUCAAAGAGAUUGUUUUUGAAAAUGAAGCAGAUGAAGGUACUAUAGCAAGGGCUUGGGAGAAUCUAUUACCCAACUCUAUACUGAUAUAUUGCUUGAAACAUGAGAUAAUUGAAGAAAUUGGAACUCCAAUAAGAGAUCACAUAAGGUUCCCUGUUGUUGGAGAAAAGAAGACUGCUGCUGAAGUACAGAAAAGAAGAAUUGCAUCCGGGCUUCCUGCAAAUGAAGAGGAAGGUUUAUCAAAGAAAAGGAGGCUUAACUCAGAAAAAUCAUUUUCAGGAAAAAAUCUUACUAAAGCAUCCAAAGAGAUGUCUUCUGCUGCAAAAAAGGUUAAAAUUACCAAUGGAAGUGAAAAAAUAUCAUCUGAAUCAAAUUCAUUGAAGAAUAUGAGAACAAAUGAUGGAUCCAGAAAUUCCUUGAGGGAAAAUACAAAGUCUGGAAAAGCAAUGCCCAGGAAGCCAGAUAUUUCUGGCCAUGAACUUAAUAAAUCUUUUGGUGUUAAGUCUGCUCCAAAGAAGUUAACCAGUGAGCUGCCUUCAUUGGAUGCUGAUGCACAAAAUAGGCUUUUAGCUUUAAUAAAAGAGGCUGCAUCUUCAAUAACCUUGGAAGAGGUUAUAAAAAAGCAUGAAGUUCCAUCUACUCAUGCGAACUCCUCAAAAAAUGUUGUGGACAAGAACAUUACAUUGGGAAAGGUGGAGGUUACAGUUGAGGCUGUUAGGACAGCUUUAAAAAAGCUGGAAGAAAGUUCCAGCAUUGAAUAUGCUAAAGCUGUUUGUGAACCAGGAAUUCUGAACCAGGUGUUUAAAUGGAAGAACAAGCUGAAAGUGUAUCUUGCACCAUUUCUAUAUGGCAUGCGCUAUACAUCCUUUGGUCGCCACUUUACAAAAGUAGAGAAACUUAUGGAGAUUGCUGAUAUUCUCCACUGGUAUGUAGAAAAUGGUGAUAUGAUUGUCGACUUCUGCUGUGGUGCUAAUGAUUUCAGUUGCCUUAUGAAAAAGAAGCUUGAAGAGACUGGGAAGAAGUGCUCAUACAAAAACUAUGAUGUUAUUCAGCCAAAGGCUGCAGCUUUGCUGCUGAACACAGUUGACAUAGUGGGGUUUAAGAGUGUUGAGGUUCACAAAUGGACCUUGAUUGGAAGGGAAAUAAAUGUGAAUGACUUUAAUUUUGAGAAGAGGGAUUGGAUGACUGUUCAGCCAGAUGAGCUGCCAAAAAAGGGUUCGCAGUUGAUUAUGGGACUGAAUCCUCCUUUCGGAGUUAAAGCAGCCUUGGCUAACAAGUUCAUUGACAAGGCUCUUCAGUUUAAACCCAAACUCCUCAUUCUUAUUGUACCACCGGAAACAGUUAGGUAA